AUGGAUUGCUUAAACAAAUUCGACUCGAACCACCUAGCCGCGGAGAGCAAGGGGGAAGAGUACUACAGGGAGAAUAUGGCGACGAGGAGGAAACUAAAAAAUUGCUGCAAGCGGUGGAGUGACGAUAAGAAUAGCAGAGACUUCCUUGUCAGCCACAAAAAAGAAAUUGAUGAAAAUUCUUUUUUAAAAAUUAUAAAAAAAACGUGGAACUUGAUAUUUUUUAAUGAAGAAAACAGAGGAAAAUUACUUUAUGGUGAAGGAGACGAAAAUAUGUACACCCUGCCAAAUUUUUUAAUUAUAGACUCGGUCUCGAGUGGUGUGAUCAGCUCGUUUGAGAAUGAUCAGGUUGGGAUGUCGCUCGAUGAGGAGGAAGACGUCGGGUCUGAGCAUGUGCAGGUGGAUAAUGUGGAAGAUCCUGUGGCGGAUUCCCCACUGGAAAGGGGUAACCAGGACUGCAUAGCAUCGGAGAACAAUCGCGAUGGUUUACUCGAAGGAGGCUACGAGCCAUGCCACGCGGGUGAAAAUACUGGGGAGUACCCAUUAGAGGGGAACAACCCCGAUUACCCACUCGAGGGAGAUCAUCAACAUUGCGCAGCUGGACAGAAUUGGGAUGACGAUCUGGAGGAGGACGAACAGUGGGCCGAAGCCAUUCGUGCCGCUUCCAUUCGUGCUUCCCCCGUGAGUGAAGAAAAUUCGCCUGUGGGGAACCUCUCACCGGAUAAAGAAAGCCACAAAAGAAUGAAAACCUCCAAGAAGAGCAGCAUUAAUAAAAAGUACAUUAACAUUUAUCACAAGCAUGAAGACUCAUACAGUUUCCAUGACAAGGACAUUGAAGACUUUUUGAUUCUGUCCGAUGUCGCAACGUGUGUGAGCGGCGCUGAAGAGGGGAGCGAACAGAACAGAGGAGACGUACCGAUCGAACCGUGUAUUGGAGAACCAGGUGAUAAUGGAGUGAGCAGUGAGCAAAGAUGGUCAAUGCCGCCCCCGAUGGAAGCAACUCCAUGUUGCCCCAAGCCUGACGUGGAGAACCCCUUAGAAGAAUCUCAGAUGGAAGCCGACCCCCCGCAGUAUGGAAAAGCAAAUGGAGACCCCUAA